AUGAGCGACCUCGUGAAACGUGUCGCUUCCGUUCGAGAUUUUCCACAGCGCUAUUUGGAAGUAACCAAAGACCUUGACGCGCAUCUAGGAGAGUUCAUCAUCAUUCGAGCGAAGCCCGACGCUCCUCUGUAUAUCUUCCCCGAUCACUGGGAAGAUGUCGUUAAGCCCGGAUGGGAGGUCAUGAUCAACGUUCUGGGCUUGCUGCCGACUGUACUUUUGCCAGAGGCAGGCCGGAAUGGACCUCUAUACCCACCCCCACCCCCACCCCCACCCCCACCCCCAUCCCAGCCCCUGCUUGCACCCCCACCGACAACCGGCAGCGAGCAGCCUAUAGUCGAUGUAUCCUACGUCGUGGACUUCUACGAAAUGAUCCGUUCAAAUUACAGCAAAGUUUGGACAGAGCGUUCCAGUGAUCCAAUUACCAAAAAUCUUUCCAAGAAGAGCAACAUGGCUGCUUCAAUCUUGGAGGAGGUCCGGAAGGUCUACCGCGGUAACAAGAUGUCAUCCGUCAGAGAGAACUCCGAAAUUGAAGCCACCGACAUUGUUUCUUCUCCUACCCUCUAUGUGCGGUCCAAAAUGCUACUCAACGCUCUCAAGGCGGUCAUAGAGUUUCAGUCGAUAGUUCCAGGACGUGUGACAGUAGUACCGGGCUGGACCGAGAAGAAUGAAGAGGCGAGCCUGGACGAAGGAGUAUUUGUCUACCCUUUCCAGGAUCUUUACCACUGCAAGGAUGACUUGCUUGCCUAUCAAGGUCGACUCGACUCGGAAGAACGACACACCACCGACUACAAUCACACGUGCAAGCAACACAUCGACGUUCUUGUUCAAUACCUGUACGCUCAGGAGGGCAUGAACUUGAAAGAAGUGGAGGGCCUAUUUUCCGCGGGAAAGACAACGUUCAACUGCUACUGGUUGCUACUGAAACCCGGGAGAGAUGUCUAUGUCCGGGACGAAAGAGAUCAGCUCAAUGCCUAUGUCAUCGAGACAGUGAUAGGAGGUCCAGGCGUAAUUUCAGGCCGACAAUGGGCCGAAGCCUACACGUUGUUGGUUUGGAACAUGGAGUUCAAUGGAGAGCGCCUGAGCCGAUCUACCGAAACAGUCACCGUUCCCAUCUUCAGCGGCGAGCGUGAGAUCCACACCUUACCUGUCUUCCCCACUGACAAUCACAAGGACGACGAAUGUGGAGAAUCCCUAGAAGAGAGCCUCUUCAAGCGUGGGCAAACUUACGUCGAGGUGGUUCGCUCGCCAAGCUUUCAAGAGUACACAGGAACGAGCCACUUGCUGUCUGCUCGGAUGUAUGAUCGAGUAAGAGUGAUUACUGACCACAAAAAUCAACCCUGGAAACUUCCAUCUAUCGAGGAGGUAGGAGGGCAUCAACCUUGCAGUCAGGAGGCGCCUACGAGAGGCCCGGGGCACCCACGUCAGCACGACUACUCGGGACACCCGCUUCUAGACCACUACACUCUGGGCUCUAAGACAAGGGUUCCUGAAUGCGAAUGUCAGGCUUGCACGAAUGAUGGACCACCAGUUGAUCACAUUCGCCGCCGCGCCUUUGAUGAUUACGACAACAUCAUGCUCAACCCCAAGGAUUUUCUGUCUCGCCAUCAGUACUUUCUGUGCUGGUCUCAUGUCUAUGCGUUCAUCCUCAAAGAUCGCUUGUGGGAUCUGCUGGACGUGGGCAGGUUGAGUCCACCAAAGAUCAACCCUAAUAUCAUCGAUACCCUGGUCAUGAAGCACGAGGGCAACAAAGACAUGGUCAAGGCAAUCUGUGACACUUUCAGUGCCGGCCAGGCGCAGAACCUUUAUUUCGCCGAUUCAAUACAGGGCAAGGGAGAAGGGCAGAUAUUGCUGCUGCAUGGCCCUCCCGGCACCGGAAAGACUCUGACCGCAGAAUCCGUCGCCGAAUAUACCGGUAGGCCACUGCUCAGCAUCACUGCCGCUGAUCUUGGGCAUGAGCCUAUCGAAUUGGAGAAGAAGCUUCUUCGGUUCUUCCGAGACGCAAACAAAUGGAACGCCAUCGUGCUCCUGGACGAAGCAGACGUGUAUCUCGAAAGGCGAUCAAGGCAAGAUCUGACAAGGAACAGCAUUGUCUCUGUCUUUCUGCGUGCUCUGGAUUACUUCCAAGGCAUACUAUUCCUAACGACCAAUCGUGUUGGGUCCUUCGACGAGGCCUUCAUGUCCCGGAUUCAUGUUCAGAUCGGAUACGACGCGCUAGACAAUGAGUCGCGGUUCCAGAUCUGGAAGAAUCACUUCAAGAAACUGGACCAUAACCAUGAAUUCGGUGGCCCCAGAAUCGGGUACGAGUCGAGUGCCGAGUCUUAUGUGAUGGUGUCUGAGCCGGUGCGGGAUCUGAAGUGGAACGGUCGAGAGAUCCGUAACGCUGUGCAAACUGCUGUUGCGCUGGCGUCAUUCGAAGCACGACAAAAAGGUCGGGAUGUGCCACGGAUCACCAAAAGCCACAUCGAACAGGUCGUGCACAUGUCGCAGAACUUCAAGAACUACAUGGAAGCUACCCUUCAGGCAGAAGAUUCGGCUGUGGCUCAUCAGGACAGACUUAGAGACGAUAGGACUAAGGCUGCGGGACCCUGA